AUGAGUGCAGGAUGCAAGGGACUUUGGGAAGGAGAGGAGAACUUUGGGAAAAGUACAGCCUACAAUGCACAGAAAAUAAUAGAAGGUCAGAGGGAAAACUUGGAAAUUGGGACAGCUUUGAAAGAGUACAGUGGGAUUCUUAGCCCUUUAGCACUAGACACCAUACUACUACCUAUUUGUCCUGGAAGAAAGCGAGACUUUUCCCCUGUUUCCUGGAACCAGUACUUUGAAUCCUUGGAAGAUGUGGUGGUAGAGAAUGAAACUGGCAAGGAUACUUUUUGAAUUUAUAAGAGUGGUUCAGAGGGCCCAGUCUUGCUGCUGUUGCACGGAGGAGGCCACUCUGCCCUCUCCUGGGCUGUAUUCACUGCAGCAAUUAUUAGUAGAAUUCAGUGUCCGAUUGUGGCAUUGGAUCUGAGGAGUCAUGGGGAGACAAAAGUCAAGAAUUCUGAAGAUCUGUCUGCAGAAACUAUGGCAAAGGAUGUAGGGAAUGUUGUUGAAGCUAUGUAUGGAGAUCUUUCUCCUCUUAUCAUGCUGAUUGGCCACAGCAUGGGAGGUGCCAUUGCAGUCCGUACAGCAGCAGCCAAUUUGGUGCCAAGUUUACUGGGUCUCUGCAUGAUCGAUGUUGUUGAAGGUAUAGCAAUGGAUGCUUUAAAUAGCAUGCAGAAUUUCUUACAAGGUCGCCCUAAAACCUUCAGUUCCCUGGAGAAUGCCAUAGAAUGGAGUGGAAAGAGUGGACAGAUACAGAAUCUGGAAACUGCUCCAGUUUCAAUGGUUGGCCUAGUCAAAAACUUUGAAGGGAUUCUGAGUCCUGAAGUCUCUAAAACCAUGGUGGAAGGGAUCAUAGAAGAAGAAGAGGAGGAUGAAGAAGCAAGUGAAUCUGUUAAUAAAAGAAAGAAGGAGGAUGAUACUGAGACCAAGAAGGACCAUGCAUACACCUGGAGAAUUGAACUGGCAAAAACAGAAAAGUAUUGGGAUGGUUGGUUCAGAGGCUUAUCCGAUCUCUUCCUUAGCUGCCCUAUCCUUAAGCUACUGCUUCUGGCAGGUGUGGAUAGGCUAGAUAAAGAUCUCACAAUUGGCCAGAUGCAAGGAAAGUUUCAGAUGCAGGUAUUUCCUCAGUGUGGCCAUGCAGUUCAUGAAGAUGCUCCUGACAAGGUAGCCGAAGCUGUUGCAACUUUCUUGAUUCGUCACAGGUUUACGGAGCCCAUUGGUGGAUUUCAGUGUGUCUUCCCUGGGUGUUAG